AUGCUUCAGCAUCACCUGCGUCCGGACCCAAAGUAUCCUUCCUCUACUCUGCUGCGCACGAAAAAACUCCAACAGCAACAACAACCGCAGCAGCAGCAACAGCAACAACAACCACCAUCUUCACAUUCAGGAAGGAGUGAACAUGCAGCGACGCUGGGCGGUACACGGAGCGAGCGACGGAGUCCCAGUCCAUCCAGAGGACUUGUUGGUAUUAGUGCUACAUACAAGGAGACGGCAAUUCUCUUUCCGGAUGCUGAGCAAGCAGCGUUUGAGCCAAAGGUGCAGGUGCCAUUUGAACACCAACGAGGACGUAUUCCACGCAAGAUUGAGAUUGAGCGUCGUCGCCGUCAGUAUGAGUCGCAUGAUGUCCAACACUUGUUGGAUGUAGCGGGUCUAACGUUGGAUCAACUUGCGUGUGAGAGUGCCCAGGAACUUCCGCUGCAGGUCUUUGAUGACACUUCCUACGAUUGCCGCAACCCUGCGGAGUGGAUGGAGAUUGCGCAUCGCAGCGAGAGGGAAGAGGGCCGCUACCUGCCGGCGGAGGGAAUUUACGAGUUCCGCCCUGGCGACUUCCGCCUUCGCCCGUGCCGUGUGAUUGACUGGGACGCUUCUCGCAACGAACUGCGCGUCUUGUGGGGAUCCGUGCGGGUGCCGGGGGAGCAGCCGUCGGUGCUGCCGCGAUUGUUCGUGCGGCUGCUGGCGGAGGACCCGCUGGUGUACGCGCGGCGGCUGGCGGCGGCGGCGGGGCAGCGGGCGAAGGCGACGGCGUGGAUCCGCUACCGCCUCUGCUGCGACGCGAUGCCGACGGCCGGCCUCCCCGCCCCCGACGCCGCCCUCCGCGCCCGCCUCCGCGCCGGCGCCACCGCCAGCCGCCCGCUCGCCCCCGUCGCGUACCCGGACGGCCAGCAGCGCGCCAACAAACUCCUCGCGGAGAUCACACUAGAGUGGCAGCGCAGCCACAACAGAAUUCUGCUGCAGGAGCGAAUGCGCAGGGAUGCCGUACUCAUGCGAAUGGUCGCAAACGCAACACAGAUGAGUAUGGAGGAACUCGUCCGGGGCCCAAAUGUGGCCAUACAACGUACAGAAAUGGGAAAUCCAAAUACCGUCAUCACCAUGGGGAACUUUGACUUUGAGGAAAGGGAGCAAGCCUUCACCUUUUCCACAUACUACACACAACCAGAAGUCGUCACGGCGUUGACAGGGGUACGGAGCGAAUGUAUAAAGGUUUUAGAGGGAAGUCUCUUUAGUCUUCCAAAGGAACGACAAAUGCAACUCACAGAGUUUCAAAAAUUGCAACAGGAACACAUGUCAUCUAUGGCAAAAUACUUAAAAGGAGAAUGGACAGAAAAUAUUUGCGAAGUUAUAAGAAAAAGUUUUACAUCUGCAGGAAAAGGAUGGUUAAAUGUUCAUGAAUCAAAACAAGAAAUUUAUGAGAUGUCAAAACUUAAAAAGUUUUUUACAACAGUGAAAUAUAUGAUGGAAGAUACUUUAUUUGAACUCGUCUACACCUCAUUACGAAAUUUUACAGACUUUUUUGAGGAAGUUUCAGAGUUUACAGUCAAUGUUAUUGAUAUGAAUAAUGUUGAAAAUAAAUGGCCUGGAAGUGAUGCGGAUGAUUGCGUUGAAAAGCAACCUUUAUUUACUAUUGGUCUUGCCGAAAGGGAUGGAUGUUUCACAUAUUCUAUUUCCUUUGAAGACUUUGAGAAAACCAUUGUGGAUCUCUUUAACAAUGCUAUUUAUUGUACAGAUGCUAUUCCACAAGUAGAGAAGUAUGUUAUGUCACAAUAUUUCUGGAGACGUGAUGGAGAAGGACCUUUUUUGGAUUCUGUAAAGCAAGAAGAAGAACAUGUGGUACUUUUACGAAAACGUGUAACUGAUGCAUUGAGGAAAUCGAUGCAGCCAUUAUACGAUUAUCUUAAAAUGUAUGAUGAUCUUUUACCAUUAGUACGACUUGAUAAGAAGAAGUUUAUUGAAGAAUAUGCACAGGAAGAACAUACGACAGAAGACAUGAAGGAAGAAAUUAGAAGACAUCUUAAAGCUAAGAAGGUGGUGGCACAAAAACUUCCAGCGUACAUUACAGUUGGAAAUUAUGUAGUGGAUUGUCAAUCAUUUGGACAAAUUAUGGCUAAUAAAGAACAAGAUCUUGCCAAACUUGUUAUGAACCUUAUAUGUAAGAUGGCAAAGUCCAAGACAAUAUACAUUCGGGAUGAAUUUUCAAAAAUUGUACGAACAUUGGAGAAACAACCUCAAAAUCCAGAAAAAUUAUAUGAAUUAAAAAAUUUUAUAGCCAAUACUCCAGAACGAAUUACCGAACUUUCUGCUGAAAUUGAAGACAUGCGUCAGUAUUAUAAUAUUUUAGAUGGAUUUCAAUAUGAAUUGACAGAUGAUGAAUCUCGGCAAAAGUGGGAAGCUAUUGCAUGGCCAAGACAACUUACUCUUCGUAUACUGGAUAUUAAUAAAGAGCUUGAAAAGGUUCAGGAAGAAUUACACGCACGUUUGCAAAAAGAGGGUGAAGAAUUUUCCAAGAAAGUGGAUGCCUUACAACGUGUGGUGGCAACCUUUUCUAAAUACACAGAUGCCUCAGAAGCAGAAAAGGUUGCGGCAGAAGUUAAGACGAAUAGUAUUGAAAUUCGGAAGUGUAUUGAAGAAGCACGUUCUAUCAAUAGUGAUCAACGUUUAUUUGGGGAUAAACUUACUGAUUACCGUAAUGUUUUUGAACUUGAAAAAGAGUUUAAACCCUACAGUGAUUUAUGGUUAACAACCUAUCAAUGGCAAGAUUGCUAUCGUCGUUGGCAUACCGAUCCAUUUGAAUCUCUCGACCCUGAUGAAAUUGAAUCUGUCGUAAUAAAUGCCUUUAAAACUAUGACCCAAUUAGCUAAAACUUUCAAAGAUAAGAAUGCUACUUUAAAAAUUGUGGAAGAAAUAAGAAGUAAAGUAGAAGCAUUUAAACCAUGGGUUCCAAUAGUAACUUCACUUCGUCAACCAGGUAUGAAAGAACGUCAUUGGAAAGGUCUUUCAGAAAAACUAAAUAUGAAUCUUUCACCUGGUGAAACUAUUAUGCUAUUAGAUGAUAUUGAACCAUUAUUAGAACAUAAGGAUGUUAUUAUUGCUCACUGUGAAGUUGCUGGAAAAGAGGCACAAAUUGAAAAGAGUCUCAAAGAUAUGCGUGCCAAAUGGGAAAGUCGUGUUUUUGUUAUUGAACCAUAUAAGGCAACUGGUACAUAUAUUGUAAAAGACGCUUCUGAAGUUGUGGAACUUUUAGAUGAACAUCUUAAUCUUACACAACAACUUCAAUUUUCACCUUUUAAGGCAUAUUAUGAAGAAGCUAUUACAGAUUGGGAACGUUCACUUAAUCUUAUUUCAGAUAUUUUAGAACAAUGGUUAGAAUGUCAACGUUCAUGGAGGUAUCUAGAACCUAUUUUUUCUUCUGAAGAUAUUGCAUUACAACUUCCACGUUUAUCUAAAUUAUUUGAUCGUGUAGAUAAAAAUUGGCGUCGUAUUAUGGGAAUUGUUCAUAUUCAACCAAAUGUUUUGGAUUUUUGUAUAGGGACAAGUAAGCUUCUUGAAAGUCUUAGAGAGUCUAAUCGACUUCUUGAAGAAGUUCAACGAGGUCUAAAUGAUUACUUGACUGAUAAACGUCAAGCAUUCCCACGGUUUUACUUUCUUUCAGAUGAAGAAUUACUUGAAAUUCUUUCUCAAUCUAAAGAAGUUAAACGUAUUAAUGCUCAUAUAAGUAAAUUAUUUGAGUUUAUUAGUUCUCUUGAGUGGUCAGAGCUUACUCAAAUUAUUGGAUUCCAUAGUGGUGAAGGUGAAUAUGUUCCAAGUGUUCAACCAGUUACUCCUGAAGGAAAUGUGGAAGUUUGGCUUCAAUCUGUUGAAAGUAUGAUGAAAGAAGCUGUUCAUAAUCAGGUAAAACUAGCCUUUCGUGAUUACACCGUUACCCCACGUGCUCAAUGGGUUCUUCGCUGGCCUGCACAAUGUGUUAUUGCAGUAGCACAGAUAUUCUGGACAAAUGGAUGUGAAGAAGGAUUAACAAAAGAAGGAAGUGUAAAAGAUUUCUUUAAUGUCCUUGAACAUCAAUUAGAUGAGUUGGUAGAUGUUGUUCAGUCACCACUUAAACCACGAGAACGUAUUAAUAUGGGAGCUCUUAUUACGGUAGAAGUACAUGCUAAAGAUACGGUAGAAGCUAUGAAACGUAAUGGUGUAAAUUCUGUACAUUCAUUUGAUUGGAUGAAACAAUUACGUUUUUAUUUUGAUGCUGUAGAUGAAUUAUGUCAUAUUAAACAAGUGGAUGCACAUUUUAUUUAUGGUGGUGAAUAUCUUGGUAAUACAGGUAGACUUGUCGUAACUCCACUUACAGAUCGUAUUUAUUUAACCCUUACAGGAGCAUUAGCAUUAUGUCUUGGAGGAGCUCCUGCCGGUCCUGCAGGUACUGGAAAAACAGAAACAACAAAAGAUUUAGCUAAAGCACUUGCAAAACAAUGUGUUGUUUUUAAUUGUCAAGAAGGUAUGACUUGUCUUUCUAUGGCUAAAUUCUUUAAAGGUCUUGCAUGGGCUGGAGCUUGGGCAUGUUUUGAUGAAUUUAAUCGUAUUGAUGUGGAAGUCUUAUCUGUGGUAGCACAACAAGUAACAGAUCUUCAACAAGCUUGUCUAACUAAACAAUACCGUAUUAUAUUUGAAGGAAGUGAAGUUGUAGUGGAUCCAACGCAUGCGGUAUUUAUUACAAUGAAUCCUGGUUACGCUGGUCGUACAGAAUUACCAGAUAACUUAAAAGUUCUUUUCCGUCCUGUGGCUUGUAUGGUACCAGAUUAUGCUCUUAUUGGAGAAAUUCGUUUAUUUUCAUACGGUUACAAAAAAGCAAGAAGUUUAUCACAAAAAAUGGUAAUGACAUUCAAAUUGAGUUCUGAACAACUUUCUUCACAAGAUCAUUAUGAUUUUGGUAUGCGUGCAGUUAAUACGGUUAUUUCUGCAGCUGGAUUAAAUAAAAGAGAAAAUCCUAAUGAAGAUGAAGAUUUAUUACUUCUUCGUGCCUUACGUGAUUCUAAUGUUCCUAAGUUUCUUAAAGAUGAUAUUGUCCUUUUUGAAGGUAUUAUUAGUGAUUUAUUCCCUGGUACAAAACUUCCUUCUACAGAUUACGGUGUAGUCGUAGAUGCUCUUCGUGAAGUUGUCGUGGCUGAUAAACUACAACCUAUUCCUGCCUUUAUUGAGAAAUGUUUACAAUUGUAUGAUAUCACUACUUUACGUCAUGGUUUAAUGUUAGUAGGACCUGCUGGAAGUGGUAAAACAAUGGCGUAUACAGCUUUACAAAAAGCUCUUUCUGAGUGUGCCAUUAUGCAAAGUAAAGGUAAAGAUGUUGGAGCAAGAGAUUAUAUGAAAGUUUAUACACAUAUUUGUAAUCCUAAAGCUGUUACGAUGGAUCAAUUAUAUGGUGCAUAUGAUGAAAAUGGUGAAUGGAAAGAUGGUAUUCUCUGUGUUCUCUUUCGUCGUGCUGCUAAGUAUGGUGAUGAGGGUAAUCAAUUAGGUAAACAUUGGGUUAUGUUUGAUGGUCCUGUAGAUGCUCUCUGGAUUGAAUCUAUGAAUACGGUAUUAGAUGAAAAUAAAAAAUUAUGUCUUGUUUCUGGUGAAAUUAUUCAAAUGAGUCGUGAUAUGACUAUGAUGUUUGAAGUGGAAGAUCUUGCCGUGGCUUCACCGGCUACAGUUUCUCGUUGUGGUAUGAUUUAUAUGGAACCUACAGCCUGUGUUCCUACAUAUGCAAGUAUAGAAACUUGGAAGAGUUCCUUACCUGGAUAUGUUAUUUCUCAACAGGAUUUAAUAGCAGAAUUAGCAAAUAUUUAUGUGGAUGAACUUAUUCAUUUUAUGCGGUCUCACUUAAAGGAAUAUGUACCAUCUACCAAUAGUGGACUUGUACAUUCUUUCUUUCGUAUGAUGAAUGGGUAUUUGGAAUCCUUUUCAGUACCUAAACCACAACCUGGACAACCACCUUUAAGUCCUGAACGAGCAGAAAUUUUUGCAAAGUGUAUUAAACCUUUAUUCUUUAUGUCUAUUGUAUGGAGUAUAGGUGCGACAUGUGAUGAAAGUGGUCGUGAACAAUUCAGUGAUAUGUUGAGAACGAUGGCUACUAAAAAUCAUCAUAAUGAUUCCCUUCCGGAAGAAGGAUUGGUGUAUGAUUAUUGUUUUAUGUAUGCAGCAUCACCAGAGGAUGAAGUGGAACCACAUUGGGUACAUUGGAGUGAAUUAUGUGGAACUUGUGAAAUUAGUCGAACAACUAAAUUUGAAGAUAUUAUUGUUCCCACUAUUGAUAAUACUCGACAAAAGUACGUAUUACAACAUUUAUUAUUACAAAAAGUAAAUGUUGUGGCUGUUGGUCCUACUGGUACAGGAAAAACGGUAUCGGUAAGUGAUUUAGUUUUGGGAGGUUUACCAGAUCGACUUCUUGGUCUUACCUUUACAUUUUCUCCACAAACAAAAGCAGGAGUCCUUCAAGAUUCUCUCAUGUCCAAGUUUGAUAAACGUCGUUCUCAUGUUUAUGGUGCCCCUGUUGGUAAACACUUUUUAAUAUUUAUAGAUGAUGCCAAUUUACCGCAAAAGGAACGUUAUGGAGCUCAACCACCAUUAGAAUUACUACGUCAAUUGUUGGGUCAUGGAGGUCUUUACACCUUUGUUGGUGGUAUUAAGUGGAAUGCUAUUAUUGAUACUUCAUUUGUAAUGGCAAUGGGACCACCAGGGGGUAGUCGUACACAAGUUUCUAAUCGUCUUAUGCGUUAUUUUAAUUAUGUAUCUUUUCCAGAAAUGUCUGAUGUGUCUAAACGGACUAUUUUAAGUACUAUUAUGAAUGGUGGUUUUAGACAACGACAUAUUAAGGAAGAAAUUGUUGAAUUUGCCUCUAAACUUGUUGAAGGAACCUUAACAGUAUUUAAACGUUGUCGGAAAACUUUCUUACCAACACCAUCACACGUACACUAUUUGUUUAAUAUGCGUGAUGUGAUGCGAGUGUUUCCUAUGCUUUACGCAAAUGAGGCGAAAAGUUUACCCAAUGAAGAAGUUUUGGUAAAACAAUGGAUGCAUGAGAUGCAACGAGUCUUUUAUGAUCGUUUAAUUUGUGCAGAAGAUAGAGAACAAUUUAUAUCCUUCUUAGAUGAUGAACUUGUACAUAUUGGGUAUGAAGGUGGAUAUAAAUCACUGGUUCCAGAAGGAAGACUUAUCUUUGCAGAUUUCAUGUCUUCAGGUGAUCAAAGUUAUCAACAAGUUACAGAUAUGAAAGCUCUUGCAACAUUUUUUGAUGAUCAACUUCAAUCUUACAAUGAUGCCAAUGAAAGUGUGAUGAAUUUAGUUCUCUUCCUUGAUGCUAUUGAACAUGUUUGUCGUAUUGCCCGUGUCCUUUCUAUGCCAAAUGGUCAUUGUCUUUUAUUAGGUAUUGGUGGUUCUGGAAGAAAAUCCUUAACACGACUUGCAUGUCACUUAAUUCCAGAGAUGGAAGUAUUCUCUAUUGAGUUUACUAAAAACUUUGGUGUAAAAGAAUGGCAUGAAGCUCUGGCAAAAUUAUUACUUGAUUGUGGUAAGGAUGAUAAAAAACGUACUUUUCUCUUCUCAGAUACGCAAUUAAUUAAUCCUACGUUAAUGGAAGAUGUGGCUGGACUUCUUACUUCUGGUGAUGUUCCUAAUUUAUUUGAGGAUCAAGAUAUUGAACUUAUCAAUGAUAAAUUUAAAGGUGUAUGUAUGAGUGAAAACUUACCAACAACGAAAGUUUCAGUUUAUGCACGAUUUAUAAAGGAAGUACGAUCUAAUCUUCAUAUUGUUUUAGCCUUUUCUCCUAUUGGUGAGGCAUUUAGAACUCGUUUACGUAUGUUCCCUGCCUUAGUGACAUGCUGUACAAUAGAUUGGUUUGCAGAAUGGCCUGGUGAAGCACUUAUUUCUGUAGCUAAAGCACAAUUGGGAAGUUCAAAGGCUAAAUUUACUCCUGAUGAAAUGAGUAAUCUUUCAGAGUGUUUUAAAUCUAUGCAUAUGUCUGCAGCGGAGACAACAGAAAGAUUCUUUGAGGAAACACGUCGUCGAUCUUAUGUAACCCCAACAUCAUAUCUUUCCUUACUAAAUACAUACAGUUCACUUCUUCAAAACAGAAGACAAUUUGUACAAGGACAGUGUAGUCGUCUUGAAAAUGGAUUAGAUAAACUACGAGAAACAGAGGAACGUGUUGUACUUCUUGAAGCUCAAUUAAAAGCUCAACAACCAGUAUUGGAAAGGAAAAAAGAAGAAAUUCAGACUAUUAUGGAACGUCUUCGUGUAGAUCGUAAAGAUGCUAAUGAAAAAGAAGCGGAAGCCCGUCAUGAAGAAUCUGAAGCAACUGCAAAAGCUGAAGAAUGUGCUAAAAUGCGAACAGAAUGUGCAGAUCGUCUUGCCGAAGCUGAACCUGCUUUACAAGAAGCUGUUAAGGUACUUUCAAAGAUUAAAGCUGCAGAAAUUUCAGAGUUAAAUAAAUAUCAAAACCCACCUAAAGGUGUACAAUACGUUAUGGAAGCUGUUGCACUGUUACUUACAUUUGGAAAUUGUCCAAAAGAAUUUUAUACCGGACCUCCAGGAGCGAAAAAGGUACCAGAUUGGUGGAUGUGUGCGAAAUCAUAUAUGAAAAAUGCCAAUCAAUUACUGGAUACAUUAGUUCAACCACCAGGUAAAGGUGGAUUUGAUAGAGAAGCUAUGGAUAUGCCAUUAAUAGAAAAGGUACGUGUAUAUUAUGAAAAUGAAGAAUUUCAACCAGAAAAGGUCAAGACAGUAUCUGUUCCUUGUAUGGCUAUGUGUCAAUGGGUACGAGCAAUGUAUAAAUGGUUUUUUGUAAAUCGUGAAAUUCAACCUUUACGUGAACGUCUUGCAGAAGCAGAAAAUGAACUUCGUCGUGUAAAUGCAGCCCUUGCGGAAACUCGUAGAAAAUUAGAUGCUGUUAUUGAAGCUGUGGCUACACUUGAAAGAGAAUUUACAGAAGCUGUAGAAACACAGACAGAGUUAGAAAAUGAAGUGGAACGUACAAGUCAAAAACUUCAUCGAGCUGCUCGUCUUAUUGAUGGUCUUGGUGGAGAAAAAGUUCGUUGGUCUGAACUAGUGACUCAAUACAAAGCACAGGAAAUCUGUUUAUCUGGAGAUAUGUUGAUGGCCUCUGCAUCUAUUGCCUAUCUUGGACCUCUCACAGGCCCAUACCGUAAACAUCUCUUAGAGGAAUGGAGUAAACUUAUUGCAAGGAUUGGUAUUAAAACAAGUGAACAUUCAGAUCUUGUAUCUACAACAGGAGAUGCUGUUCGAAUUCAAGAAUGGCAACUUUGUGGACUUCCACAAGAUCCACUUUCUACAGAGAAUGCUAUUAUUCUUAUGAAUGCACGUACAUGGCCAUUAUUAAUUGAUCCUCAAGGUCAAGCUAAUACAUGGAUUCGAAAUAUGCAUAAGAAUGAUAAUUUACAAGUAUGUAAGGCAUCGGAUGAAAAAUUUAUGAAAACUGUAGAAGGUGCUAUUCGUUUGGGUCUUCCUUGUUUAUUGGAAAAUGUAGGUGAAAGUUUAGAACCUGCAUUAGAACCAGUUUUAUUACGUAAUGUAUUUCUUAUUGGUAGUACACCACAUAUUCGUGUUGGUGAUUCUGCUAUUCCGUAUGAUAGGAAUUUUAGAUUUUACAUGACAACAAAAUUACCUAAUCCCGUAUAUACACCAGAGACUAUUGUGACAGUAUCCUUAUUGAAUUUUUUCAUUACACGAAGUGGAUUGGAAGAUCAACUUCUUGGAAAAACUGUAGAAAAGGAACGUAAUGAUCUUGAACAAGAAAAACAGAAACUUAUUCGUGAUUCUGCAGAGAAAAAUCGAGAAUUAAAAGAAAUGCAGGAAAAUAUUUUACGUAUGCUAGAAGAGGCAGAAGGUGAUAUAUUAGAUCAAGAAGAACUUAUUGAGGCUCUUGAAAAGAGUAAAAUUAAAUCUACUGAAAUUAAGAGUGAUUUACAGCGUGCACGGGAAACAGAGAAAACUAUUGAUGAAACUCGUAAUAAAUACCGUCCUCAUGCCUAUCGUGGAGCAUUAUUAUUUUUCUGCGUAUCUGAACUCGCAAUGGUAGAUCCUAUGUAUCAAUUCUCUUUACAAUGGUUUAUUAAUCUUGUAUUAGUAGCUGUGGAUAAUACAGAAAAGGCUGAAAUAAUUGAAGAACGUGUACAAAAACUAACAGAGUAUUUUACCUACUCUUUUUACACAAAUGUAUGUCGUUCAUUAUUUGAACGUCAUAAAUUAACCUUUUCUUUUUAUUUAUGUACAUCCAUUCUACAACAAGAGAAUGCACUUGAUAUGGAAGAGUAUCGUUAUUUACUUACAGGACCUACUGGACGUGGUGGAGAUGCAACCAAUCCUGCACCUGAAUGGUUAACAGAGAAUUCAUGGGAUGAAAUUCAAUUUGUAGGAUCAAAUUUACCAAACUUUAAAGGAUUUGCUCAUCAUGUGAUUGAACAUAUUACCCACUAUAAGGCUUUAUUUGAUAGUCUUAAUGCUCAUACAUAUAUUUUACCAGGUGAAUGGACAGGAAGAGAAACACAUUUACAACGACUUAUUAUUACUAGAUGCUUUAGGAAGGAUAAAUUAUCAGCUGGAAUUCAAGAAUUUGUAAAGCAUUUUAUGGGUGAACGUUUUAUUAUUGUUCCACAAUUUGAUUUAAUGGAUGCUUAUAAAGAUAGUACUUGUCUUACUCCACUUAUUUUUAUUAUUUCACCUGGUUCAGAUCCAAUGAAUGAUCUUCUUCGUUUUGCUGAACAAAUGCGUAUGUCGAAAAAACUUGACAAGGUUUCUCUUGGUCAAGGUCAAGGACGUAAAGCAGAAGAAUUAUUAAAUAAUGGAAGAGAACGAGGUCAAUGGGUUCUAUUACAAAAUUGUCAUUUAGCAACAUCAUGGAUGCCAACAUUAGAAGCUAUAGUGGAAAGUUUUACUCUUGAAACUGUUCGUAAAGAAUUUAGACUUUGGCUUACUUCUAUGCCUUCAGAAUCUUUUCCUGUAGCAGUUUUACAAAUUGCUGUUAAAAUGACAAAUGAACCUCCAAUGGGUCUUCGUGCUAAUGUAACUCGUUCUUAUUAUGGUCUUACAGAUGAAGAUCUUGAUCAUCCUACUAAACCACGAGAAUUUAAAAUGAUGGUUUUUGCUCUUUGCUUAUUUCAUGGUGUUAUUCAAGAAAGACGAAAAUUUGGUUCACUUGGAUUUAAUAUAGCAUAUGAAUUUAAUGAUUCAGAUCGUAAUGUAUGCCUUUUACAACUUCGAAAAUUUAUGUCUUUAUAUGAUGAAGUUCCUUUUGAUGUAUUAACAUUUCUUACUGGUGAAAUUAAUUACGGUGGUCGUGUAACAGAUGAUUGGGAUAGACGAUGUUUGAUGUCCAUAAUUAAAGAUUUCAUUAAUCCUCAAGUCCUAAAAGAAGGGUAUUCCUUUUCUCCUUCUGGUUUAUACCGUACAAUUGAACCAUAUGAUCGUGCUUAUUAUUUGAAUUACCUUAAUUCAUGGCCAUUAAACCCAGAACCUGAAGUAUUUGGAUUACAUGAUAAUGCCGAUAUUACAUGUGCCCAAAGUGCGAGUGCUAAUAUUUUAGCAACUGUUCUUUCUUUGGUUUCACAUGAAAAAUCAGGAUCCUCACUUCAUAGUCGAGAAGAGAUGCUUAUGCGAACAGCACAAUCUAUACAAGAAAAAUUACCAAAGACUUUUAAUAUUCAAGAAUUUUAUGCAAAAUAUCCUACACGAUAUGAAGAAUCUAUGAAUACUGUACUUGUACAGGAAGCUGUACGAUAUAAUCGUCUUUUACGUUUUGUACAAGUAAGUCUUGCGGAAUUUUCCAAAGCUGUACGUGGUGAAGUUGUCAUGUCUGCUGAUUUGGAGGCAGUUGGUUCGAGUUUCUUUAUAAAUGCCGUUCCUGCCUCUUGGGCCACACUUGCCUAUCCCUCUCUUAAGCCACUCUCGAGUUGGAUGGAUGAUCUUGUGCGGCGAAUUGCGUUCAUUCAGUCCUGGUACGACUCUGGUGUGCCCAAGUCCUUCUGGAUGGGCGGUUUCUUUUUCCCGCAGGCCUUUUUGACUGGCACGCUGCAGAACUUCGCCCGCCGCACCCACGUGGCCAUUGACUCCGUCUCCUUCCGCUUUACGCUCCUCGACCCCGACGAGAGGGAAAGAGAAAAGACAAACGAAGAAGAAGAAAAAGAAAUGGUGGGGGCGGUGGUGCAUGGCCUGCACUUGGAGGGGGCCCGCUGGGAUGCGGCCCGCCACUCCCUCGCCGAGUCGCGGCCGAAGGAACUUUACGUCGACAUGCCGCCCGUCCACCUCGAGCCCGUCGUCGAUCACGUCCCCAACCCGAACGAUUACGUCUGCCCCGUCUACAAGACACUCACGCGCGCCGGCACACUGAGCACCACGGGGCACUCGACGAACUUUGUGCUUGCGAUCAGCAUCCCCACAGAGGAGGAUCCAGAGCAUUGGAUUAAACGAGGAGUGGCCUGCGUGGUAUCGCUCAAUUUCUAG